AUUCAAUGGCGUUAUAGUCUAUAAAUACUCAUAGUAUUACAAUCAUGAUACAUACAAGUUCACCCAAAACUAUAUCAACACCUUCAAGAAAUGGCCGCAAAUGAAUCUAAUACCACCCUGAAAGAAAACGGCAAAACUAGCACAGAUCCAGUGCGUCCUGUUGCCAACUUCCCUCCUCCUAUCUGGGAUGAUCGUUUAUUGUCGUUAACUGUUGACUAUUUGGAGUUGGAAGCAUACGCUAAAGCCAUUGACGAGCCAAAAGAAGAGCUGAGAAGAUUGAUAAUUAAUGUAAACAUGGAUUCAAAUGCGAAAUUAUGUUUGAUCAAUUCUGUCUACCGUCUUGGCUUGAGAUAUAUGUUUCGGGAAGAGAUUGAAUGUCAACUUGACAAACUUUUCAAGGAGCUGAACAUGGAAGAUUAUGAUCAAGCUGAUCUUCAUACAGUUUCGACCAACUUCCAAGUUUUCAGACAACAUGGUUAUAACUUGUCUUGUGAUGUGUUUAACAAGUUCAAAGACCAUAGCUCAGAUGAAGCUUUCGUCUUCACAGAAGCUCAGCUUGUAGAUGUUGUAGACACUCUUGAAGGUAAUCUUGCACGACAGGUGAGGCAUGCGUUGAGGAGUUCUUUUCAUCGAGGGAUGCAUAUUGUAGAAGCAAGGUUAUAUUUCUCCAACUAUGAAAAAGAAUGUUCCACAUAUGAUUCACUAUCAAAGCUUGCAAAUACUCACUUCAACUACCUUCAGCAACUACACAAGGAAGAACUGUGCAUCUUCACAAAGUGGAUCAAGGACAUGGAGUUCAAGACUAUAACUCCUUAUGUAAGAGAUAGAAUACCAGAAGUUUACUUAUGGGCAAUUGCUAUAUUUUCGGAUCCUGAUUACUCUCAAUCUAGAAUCGUACUAGCGAAAAUGGUUCAACUAAUUUUGGUGUUAGAUGACAUAUAUGAUGCAUAUGGUACUAUUGAGGAGCUUCGAAUUCUAACUAGUGCCAUAAACAGUUGGGAAAUUAAUGUUAUGGAACAACUCCCAGAAUAUAUUAAACCACUUUACAACAUUCUCUUGAACGAGCUUACUGAAGUUCAAAAACAACUAUCUACAGAGGGAAGAACAGAUAGGGUUGAUGCUUCAAAACAAGCAUUUCAAGAACUAGCUGGAGGUUACCUACAAGAGGCUGAAUGGAGAUAUCGUAGACACGUGCCAUCAUUCGAAGAGUAUUUGAGGAAUGGAUUAAUUACUUCUACAUAUGAUGUUUUUACAAAAUCUUCUUUAAUGGUUAUGGGAGAUAUUGUCAGUGAACAAACUUUGGCUUGGUAUGAAAGUCGUCCAAAUAUUGGGGAAGCUACAAAGUUACUAGGAAGACUUUAUAAUGAUAUUACAACUUUCCAGUUUGAGGGUGAAAGAUCACAACAAGUUGAAUCAGUGCAUACGUAUAUGAAGACCUUCGGGGUGCCAGAAAAUGUAGCUGUUCAUGAACUCAAGCAAAUGAUUGAAAAUGAGUGGAAAGAUAUUAACAAGGGAUGUCUUAAGCCAACUGAAGUUUCAAUGGAACUUCUUGCACCAAUUCUUAAUCUUGCUAGAAUGACUGAUACGAUAUAUAAGUACGAUGACAGGUUCACUUUUCCAGAAAAGACGAUUGUGGAGUAUGUUACUCUGUUAUUCAUGGAUUCUGUUCCAAAGUAUUAA